GAUUGGUUUGUCCUACAGGCAACUGGAUGGAAUAGCACUGCUCUGUUCUGUUCUGCUCUGCUCUGGUCUGCCCAGCUCUCCUCUUUCCCUUCCUUCACUUUCCCCUCUCUUCUGGGAAGUCACUUCAAGGAACCGGCCACGGUUGGAGCACCGGUCAACUUGCUUACGAGACACACACGCUCCUUGAGAGAGAGAGAGAGAGAGAGAGAGAAAGAGAGAGAGAGAGAGAGAGAGAGAGAGAGAGAGAGAGAGAGAGAGAGAGAGAGAGAGAGAGAGAGAGAGAGAGAGAGAGAGAAUCAGUCACUCAAGGAAAAGGAGAGAAGGAGGAAAGAGAGAGGUUGGGGUCUGUUGAAGUGGAUAUAACCUUGCAGGAUCAGGAUAACCUUUUGGACUUGGCUGUGUUGUCUGACCUGGCACCGGGACUCUGGACUGAAGACUGGACAGGACUGGACUGAGACGGGUCUGUUAGGGUCUGGGUGGCGUUCCUCAUCCCAGACAUGAUGUGGUGGCCACAGGGACAUGGGGCCCGGUCAUUGGGGUCAGGAGGUGGGCUGACGAAGACCAUCACAAGGACACUGGCUCUUCCUCUCCUCUUCCUCGCCUGUGUGACCUCCUUCUCCGCUCCCCUGCCCAGAGUCUUCCUCAACUACAAUGAGCUCCAGGCAUCUCAGUCGUUUGAGCACUACACGCUGUCAGAGAAGCCCAUGGACUAUCGGAUACUGCUGAUGGACGAGGAUCAGGAUCGCAUGUACGUGGGCUGCAAGGAUCACGUGCUGUCAAUGGACAUCAACAACAUCACCCAAGGCACGCUCAAAGUGUUCUGGCCUGCUUCUGCAAGCAAGAUCGACGAGUGCCAAAUGGCUGGCAAGGACCCUACGCAUGGCUGUGGAAACUUUCUCAGGGUCAUCCAGCCUUUCAACAGGACCCAUCUGUUCAUCUGCGGGAGUGGGGCCUACAGCCCCGUGUGCGCCUACAUCAACAGAGGUCGCCGCCCAGAGGAAAGAGUGUUCCAGAUCGCCUCUCGUGCCGAGUCAGGGAAGGGAAGAUGCUCCUUCAACCCGCAGGUCAACACCGUCUCCGUCAUGCUGAACCAGGAGCUGUUCUCAGGCAUGUACAUUGACUUCAUGGGGACGGACGCCGCCGUAUUCCGGAGUCUGACCACCCGGAACGCCGUCAGGACCGACCAGCACAACUCCAAAUGGCUGAGCGAGCCCAUCUUCAUCGAUGCCCAUCUGAUUCCCGACGGGUCGGACCCCAAUGACGCCAAGCUCUACUUCUUUUUCCGUGAGAGGCUAACGGACAACAGUGGGAACACCAAGAAUAUCCACACCAUGCUAGCGCGAGUCUGUCCGAAUGACACGGGUGGCCAGAGGAGCCUGGUGAAUAAAUGGACCACAUUCCUGAAGGCCCGCAUGGUGUGCUCGGUACUGGAGGAGGACGGCACAGAGACCCACUUUGACGAGCUGGAGAGCGUGUUUCUGCUGGAUGCAGACAACCCCAAAGGCCUCCUGGUGUUUGGCAUCUUCACCUCCACUAGCUCCGUGUUCAAAGGCUCUGCGGUGUGCGUGUACACCAUGGCAGACAUCCUGACCGUGUUCAAUGGACCGUUCGCCCACAGGGAGGGCCCCAACUUUCAGUGGGUGGCCUUCCAAGGACGCAUCCCCUACCCUAGGCCAGGCACGUGUCCAGGUGGGGCCUUCACUCCGCACAUCCAGAGCACCAAGGAGUUCCCCGAUGACGUGGUGACGUUUGUGAGGAACCACCCUGUCAUGUUCAACCCCAUCUACCCGGUGGGCCGUAGGCCUCUGCUGGUGCGCACCCAUGCCGACUACAAGUACACCUCCAUCGCCGUGGACCAGGUCAUCGCAGCAGACGGACAGUACCAGGUCCUCUUCCUGGGCACAGACAAAGGCACAGUGCAGAAGGUGAUCGUGCUGCCCACGAACGGUUCCCUGGAUAAGGAUCUGAUCCUGGAGGAGCUGGAAGUGUUUAAGAAUGGAACUGCCGUGACCAAUUUGCAGAUUUCAUCUAAAAAGCAACAGUUAUACGUAAGCUCGGAGCAUGGCGUCUCCCAAGUGUCCCUGCACCGCUGCCAUGCCUACGGCUCGGCCUGUGCCGACUGUUGCCUGGCCCGCGAUCCCUACUGCGCCUGGGACGGGGUGACCUGCUCGCGGUUCUACCCCACAGGAAAACGGCGCAGUCGGAGACAAGACAUCAUCCAUGGAAACCCACUCACCCAGUGCAGGGGAUUCAAUCUCAAGGCCUACAGGAAUGCGGUGGAGUUGGCCCAGUACGGGAUCAGGAACAACACCACCUUCCUGGAGUGCGUGCCCAAGGCUCCCCAGGCCUCCAUCAAGUGGCUCAUCCAGAGAGACAACGACCGGCGGAAAGAGGUGAAGCUGAGUGACCGCGUGGUGUCCACUGACCACGGCCUGCUGAUCCGCUCGGUGCAGCCGUCCGACCAGGGCCUCUACUACUGCCUGACCACGGAGAACGGCUUCAAGCGCACCGUGGCCAAGCUGCGGCUGCGCGUGCUGAGCGAGACGCUGGUCGGCGCGCUGGUCACCAAGCAGCAGUCGCCGUGGGGCUGGGCGGCGGCGCUGCACCCCAAGGCGCUGGUGUCGGGCUUCAGCCCGGCGGACGCCCUGGCCCUGCAGCAGUACUGCAAGGAGCGCAAGCAGCUCCAGAGUCUGGCCGCCGCCUCCUCCUCCUCCUCCUCCGCCUCCUCCUUGGCCUCUGCUGCUGCGGUGGUGGAUUCCAGCAGCAACAUCCGCGGUGACAUGGGAAAGCUGAGCAAGCUCAAGCCUCUGCUGGAUAGAUCCAAGAGCCGCAAUCGGAGGAACCAUCUGCCUGAGGAGGAGCAGUAGGAGUAGUAGGAGGAGGGGACUAUAGGGGACUAGAAGGUAAGGGGUCCCUUCCAUUAUCCUACCUCCCGUCCUCCCUUGUGCCUGUGGUCUUGUGAUGACGUCGCAGCAAGACGUCAUUGACCACAGAUCAUUUAAUAUCUCACAAAAGCACCAUUCAAAAGCCAUUCACUCAUUUGCUUUCGGGAUGUUGAAUGGCGAAAAGUCCCCCAAAAGAUGUUGUGACUGUUGUGGUUGACAGCGGGGAAACGGGGAAAUUGUUGUGUCCUCGGAGGCGGGGCUUCAGCGAAGCGCGAGGUCACAAGCACAGGUGGAGGACAGGAGGUUAGAAUAAUGGGAUGUACACAUGAGGAGGAGGGGACAAGGAGGAGGAGGAGGAAGGGGAGGAGCGAUGGAAUGGA